GGGUUGUAGGGAGAAGAAAUUUGGCGUGACAGAUCCAGCUCGGUCCACACUCCAUAUCAGAAGAUAGCGGUAAUGCACACCUUAAGGUUGCUUGCCAACUGCCAUUAAACCAGAAAGGAAGAAGAAGGCCAAUUUGAGGGAAGUGACGUACGCUUCGCGCAUGCGUGGACCGAUCGUGUCUUCCGCUACCAAUCGAGUAGGGACAAAAUCAAGUGUGUCCAAAAGUAUCAGGCAAGAAGCGGAAUAUAUAUUUAUAUGUCUUAGAGUGAGGCGCUCGUCAAAAUUAAUUUUCGGAAAAUGAGGCUGCGAGUCCAGCUACAGUGCAAAAAUUUGCACGAAUACCUCCGAGAGCUGAGUCCAGAGAUUUUGGACCGACUAUAUAAUCACCCUGCAACAUGUCUGGCCGUCUACAGGGAGCUGCCCUCACUGGCCAAAAAUUAUGUGAUGCGAAUGCUGUUCCUGGAGCAGCCUCUCCCGCAGGCAGCUGUGGCAUUGUGGGUGAAAAAAGAGAGCCAAAAGUGUGUAUGUGAUAAUAAUGCAAGAUCAUCCCCAAAAUCGAGGUCUUUCAACAUGGCGAAAAUUGACCAUCUGAUACCUCUCGGGGAUCAUGAUGAAUGUGUCUCAGUGCUUGCAGGAUUGCGCCUCUGGCACAGUCAGCAGCUGCAAGGCGGUCUGCAGGGUUAUAUCCUAAAUCGAGUGUUCAAAGACAACCUGAGGAUAGCGCUGCUCGGGGGGGGCAAAGCGUGGGCAGACGAGGGCACCUGCCUAGGUCCUGACCGGCACGCUCGGGACAUAGAGAGUCUAGACCGCUACGCCAUGGAACGCUGGGAGGUCAUCCUGCAGUUUAUGGUGGGUUCUACCACUGCUGCUGUCAGUCAGGAUCUCGCUCAGCUGCUAACUCAAGCAGGCCUCAUGAAAAGUGAGGCGGGGGAGUCCCCUUUCAUCACCUCUGCGGGGUUCCAGUUCCUCCUCCUGGACACGCCCUCUCAGUUGUGGUAUUUUACCCUACAAUACCUCAAAACUGCUCAGUUCAGAAAGAUGGACCUGGUGGAGAUAUUGUCAUUUUUGUUUCAACUCAGCUUCUCUACAUUGGGCAGAGAUUACUCAGUGGAGGGUAUGAGUGAGUCAUUACUCACAUUUCUGCAGCACCUUCGGGAAUUUGGACUGGUCUUCCAAAGAAAGAGAAAGUCAAGGCGCUACUAUCCCACCAGGCUGGCCAUCAGUCUGGCUGCAGGAGUUACCAGCAGCUCUUCUUCUCUCUCUUCUAACUGUGGCUCUAUUCCUGGUACUGGAGAUGCUGGAUUUAUUGUUGUUGAAACUAAUUAUCGCAUCUACGCCUACACAAGCUCAGAACUUCAGAUUGCUCUCGUUGCGCUCUUCAGUGAAAUGUUGUAUCGUCUCCCCAAUGUAGUUGUGGCUCAUGUCACAAGAGAGUCAGUGCAACAGGCCAUCGCAAAUGGAAUCACUGCACAACAGAUCAUCCACUUUCUGAGAACCAGAGCGCAUCCUGUUAUGCUGAAGCAGACACCAGUGCUUCCUCCAACCAUAACAGAUCAGAUCAGACUUUGGGAGCUGGAGAGAGAUAGAUUACAAUUCACAGAGGGUGUGCUUUACAACCAGUUCCUCUCCCAGGCAGACUUUGAGGUGCUUCGAGACAGAGCUCAGGGUCUGGACUGUCUGGUUUGGCAGGAUGUGACUCAUAGGGUGAUGGUAGUGACACCGCACGGACACAGUGAGGUCAAGAGGUUCUGGAAACAACAGAAGAGUCACACAUAACCAGUGAGGCGGACACAUGACUGUUAUCAAAUCUGAUGACAUCAGCGGUUCUGGCAUACUGUUGUUUGUCAUUGUCAAUGGAGAGUGUGGAAAGGACAUGAUCGUUUUGUAUUUUUCUAACAGUCUACUCCCAUGUAUUAAUAAUUAAAUGUUGAUAUAAAUAUG